CUGCGCCGUCUUCGCCUCUUCACCGCCACAGUCCACAUCUCCCUCUGGCUCCAUCCCACAUCCUCCAUCGUGGGCUAUGUCUUAGAUGGUGACUGCCGCUGUUCUCCGAGCAACGCCAAGCUUGUCGUAACUCUCCAUCUCCUUCCACAAGCUUGGCACCGUGAAGGGAUCGACGGAGAAGAAGAUGGCCCUCCUCACCUUCCCGGCAAAGAUGACGACCUGUCUCCCCUUCCUACACUGGCCAUCCUCCCCUUCCCGGCGACGACGACGACGAAGAAUCUCAGGUAG